CUGGUUACUGAUUUACUUGAUUACCAUCAGCUCCACUAAAGCACGAGAGGCGCUUGCGUUCCUGUUUGGCUGAAAAUGAUUUCAGCGAGGUUGUUGUUGAUGUUUGUGGCCACUACAAUGGCACAGAAAGAUUUCUCUAUAGACUGCGGCAUUGAUGAUUGGGUCACGGUGCGCUGGAGGCCUGGGCUGGAUUUCUCCCAGAAGGUGGAUCCGUCCAGAGCUCUGCUGGGAAACUGUCCGCCGAGGUCCCUGGUGUCCAAGGACACUCUGCUCUUCCGUGCUUUACUGCAUGACUGUGGCUUCAUCAAGCAGGUGGUGGCGGGCCAAGUGACGUACUCCAACAUGCUGAUCUAUGAGCGACGACCUGGACUUCCCUUCAUUUCACAGUCGAUUCAGUGUGUCUAUGACUUACCUGUAGGUGAGGAGAGCGCGUUCAGCGCUGAGGAACCGGACGUGACUGAAGGACCGGAGACCUUCAACAUGGAGAUCAUGAACACUGAUUUCAGCGGUCCUGCUCCAUCUCUGACGUUUAAACUGGGCUCCAGUAUUCCCGUCAGAGCCACGGUGGAGCCGUGGAGCCACAGGCCACUGCGGAUCUACCUGGAGAGCUGCGUGUUCGCCACCGAUGCCGACAUCAGCCGCGCCACUCAGGUGCAUCCCAUCAUCGCCAACGCAGGGUGUCUGAUGGAAAGUAAAGCAGGAAACUCAAGCUUUCUGCCGCGGCAGCGUCCUGAUGAAAUACGGCUCUAUCUCGAAGCCUUCAAGUUUGCUCUCGGAGAGAAGAUUUUCCUUCACUGUGACCUGGAAGCGUUUGCCGUCCAGAGCUUGAACAUGGACCGGAAGGCGUGUCACUACGUGCAGGAGCAGCACAGAUGGGAGCUUCUGGAUGACCCGUCCCAGAGUUACGCCUGUUCCUGCUGCGACUCCACCUGCCUGUGGAGGACAGACGCCAUGAUGGACGGCGUGUCGGCGCGUAAAGUUCUCGGGCCGUUUGUGAUUGUGGAGAAUGAUUCUCAGAGCAGCGCGUCACUGGACACACUGUCGAGCACUGAACGUGGUCUGGGUGAGUUUCCUGUGUGGCUGCUGGUGGUUGCAAUCGUGGCGUUGCUGGUGACCGUCAUGGGCGUUUUGGCUGUGAGUUACUACCUGUGUUUCUGGAGAGGAGGACGCAUGGGCUACAGACCGAGCAGAGAUCUACUGACCAAAUACUGAUGCUCAAUAAAGAGUCUGAUGUGGC